CUCACUUGAUUACGCAUGCACGCGUGCGCAGUAGCACCAGUGAAACCAUUGAGCCAUACAACUCACUGUCGAACUCCCAACCAUCUCGAUUACGUGUUGCAGAGUCGCGAAUCUUGCCUUCUUUAGUAGGGAUGAAGCGGUUAAAACGUAGUCUGAGUUUACGGAGCUCUCGCCGGCGCAUUCCAGAGAGCCAUCGUCCACAAGUUUGGGAGAAUGACAGUUAUAAAGUGCGAAAUGGAGGCGUUAGCUUUCCAGUCAAGUACGUUGGCGCUAUAGAGGUGACUGAAUCACGGGGGACUCAAGUUUGUGCCGAAGCCUUCCGUAAGAUGAGAGAAGCUGGGGUUCAUAAAAAGAAAAGGAUGAAUUUAUUGGUUACGUCUGACUGCAUUCGUGUCGUGGAUGAAGAAACCAAGUCCCUUACCAUUGACCAGACGAUAGAGAAGGUGUCUUUCUGUACACCUGAUCCAAGCGAUGACCGCGUGUUCUCGUACAUUUGCCGAGAGGGCACUACUCGCCGGUGGAUGUGUCAUUGCUUCAUUGCUAUCCGUGAUACUGGAGAGCGACUGAGUCAUGCUGUUGGUUGCGCAUUUACUGCAUGUCUUCAGAGAAAGCAAAAGGCUCAAGCCUUGCAACAACAAGCCAAAGCAGCUAAGGAGGGAGAAAAAACUGAUGGAACGCAAGCUACCUCCACAGCACCAUCGACAGUUGCAAAUCAGCAACAAUCUUCGAGAGCUUUUGUGUCAACACCUUCUUCUGUGACUAGUGCAAGCUCAGUCGUUAAUGGACCCACAGAGACAUCAGGCAUGACGUCUUCUCCAUCGUCAACUGCACCUGUAGUGACAACAACACAACAAGUACCCCCGGCACUCAAACCACCACCAGCAGCGGCCAGGUCCAGGCCCCAACCCUUUGCCCCAUCACCCUUCACAAGACAUAUGUCACUGAGGUAUCGGUCAACCCCCAUGUCUCUGACGCCACUGAAAGACUCGGGCAAAGCUGGAUACUCAACUCUGCUCGAAGACCCCGGGAUGGCGCCCAAAUUGCCUCCUGCUGUUGAUGCUCUUGGCUUACAAAGCUCCCCUGCUGUUGUACCAGAGAGCCAUCCAGUCAUGCAGUCAAAUGCCUCUCUAGCAUACCCGCAGAUGCAGGCAGCUCCUUUGUCCAGUGCCACAGUGUUUAACGGCAUGCACCCAACAUCAAUGGCUGUCAAUAGCACAGGAUCCCUACCCCAGGCCGCCACUCCUCUUCAACCAAACACCAUGCAGUACACUUCGCCCCAGACCAAUCAGUGGCCCGCAGCACAGCCGCAGUACCAGCCACAUGGCCGACCCCUGGAGCGCAAGGUGUCGGAUGCCGAGAAAUGGCUGGCAUCAGCAGAAGGAUCAACCAAAGAAAGUAAUUCAAACCAAGGUCUCCUCGCCACACAUAACCCAUUCGCUGAGACGGCAGCUCAGAUCAGUGCACUUUCAAGUGCUUGGACUCAGGACAUGAACAACUCUUUACCGGCAGCUAGUCAAUCGAAUGGCCCUUGGGGCUCUACUGGCAUGCAUCAGGUACGAGAAGAUGACGAGUUCGCAUCUCUUGCCACACGGCGGACGGGGUCUCCACUCUCGAGCCCUGGGGCAACGGCAAACCCUUUUAACAAAGGCUCCAAUGUAUACUGGGUUUAAAGGAAAAAAGGUUUAAAGAAAAUAGUAGAUGGGAAUUAUUUGUGCUAUUUGAUCAUAGUAUUUGUGCCAUUACUGUAGAUCACAGUUUUUGAAAUGUUCAAUACAAUUGGAGUUAGGGGAAUCAAAUUAGAAUCAAGUUUUAAUGACACUAAUGACAGUUUUAGUAACAAAAUAUUUUUGAUCACACUAUACAGCUAGCUGUGCCCAAACUUAUUGGUAUUUCAGUCAAAAGACAGAUUUAUCUGCAAAUUCCACAAGUUUGGGUCAUUCCUUGUCUAGUCAACCCAAUUGUUCAUGGCAUUGAUUGGACUCAAGUGUCUUAUUUCCACGUCGAUGUCCUAGUUUUUGUAGAAAACAAACUCAAUUACGAAGAGACAGCACGACCAGUAAAACCGUGAUCUCCCAAAAUAUGUGUCGUGUUAUUUAUUGUCUUCUGAUGAAUCAGUAUCAAGUAUUUAGACAGCUGUAACUUGUCAAAACGUGUCUAUAUUUGACUGUUUUGAUACAUCCAUAUUUCCGCUUUUCAUGGUUUUAUUGAUCGACCCUGGAAAUUUACAGCUACGAAUUGUUUUUUUUCUUGAGCAAUGUAUUCUUAUCUGUUUUAACAGAUAUUCAUAUCCAUUCAAUGGGUUAAAUACUUUAUUUUAAAUUUCAAUAUCGGUAAUAAGAAGUAACACAUGUUUAUAAUUUUAACACUCUUUUAGCAGUAAUUGUAGACUCGGAAAUUCUCGCGCGCAGGAAAUGUCUCAGACUCCAAUAUCUUUCUUUUCACGAUUUUUUUUCGCACCAUGCACAAAAAGGUAUUGUCAUUGCAAUAUAUAUUUAGAUUUUCUCUUUAUUCCCUUGAUUUAGCGUGGUGUGGGCGAAAAUUUCCACUUUUACAGUUGACUGUGAUUUUAGCCAUUUUUUUAUAAGGAUUGUCUUGACAGGAUUGCACAUUAGGUUUAGGAUGCCGAUUGAUGUUGUUUUUCCUAAUAAUUUGUGAGACACUCGUUUGACACACAACUUCUCGACACGGACGAUUUAUCGACAUGUCGAAGAUUUGAUGACCUUCAUAAACUUUUAAUUCGUGACA